GUUGUUAUGUACGCGAGAAAAAAUGCGGUGAGUACGUGUUGUUAUGUACACGAGAAAGCAUGCGGUGCGGACGUGCUGAAGACGAAGCUGGAGCUAUGGUGUCGCAGGUGGGUCAACAGUCUCACGCCGUCGGGACGCUAGCUGCCAAGAAGAACUCAGGAGCUUCCUCGAUGGAACCGGCGUGCCGGAGAAACAGCCGCCACUUAAAUAGGCCAGACUCCUUGAGCGAUUACUGUCAACAUAAGAAGAGCAGCUCAGCAGAAAAAGAAGAAGGAGAAGAAGAGGAAGAGGAGGAAGAAGGGGAAGAGGAGGAAGAAGGGGAAGCGGAAGAUCCAGCCAGCGGAACACGCGACGCCUGGCGCUUCGUGGCGGCGCUCAGGCUACCGCUAGCGCUGCAUGACGUGACGCGCCCCGCGAACGAUGCUGCGGCAGCGCUGGACACCGCAGCAGGAGCAGCAGCAACAGCAGCAGCCGCCAUCGCGAAGCUUCAGCGAGAGAAAGACAGGCAAGGAGAGAGGAGAGAGGAGGAGGAGGAGGAGGAGGAGGAGGAGGAGGAGGCGGAGGCAGUAAGACGUGAUCACCACGACGCACGCGAGAGCACGAGACGGCGAUGGUUGAUAUCACAACUAUGCCGGGAUACGACAAUUAUGCCCCUGUGAGGAACCGUUGGCCAGACCGCGGCACGACUUGCUUCACACCCCGCCGAUUGGGCAAUGGGCGUCGCUCCAUGCACUUGGUCUCUUUUCUGGACCAGGUCUCGUACGGACGAGUCCCAACAUUUUGACCGAAUCCGGUCAAGAAAAGCAUCCAGGUGCAUGUAGAGUGUCGUGCAGUGAAGCGAGAGCCAAUUUCGCAG